AUCCAAAGAAAGAGGAGCCUCCCAACUGCCCCUCCUCGUCUCAAUAAAUAAACACACACCACACGCCAAUAUCUCCAGCAUUUGCAGAAUCAUAUCUAUCAGCCAAUCUCCUCCAAGUUUCCUUCAAACUUGGUGCAAAGAGUCCAGCCACAAAAAACAAGUUUGGUUCUUUUUCUAUCGGAGAAAGACUGAAAGGAAAACAGCUCAAAGGGAUGAUGAUGAUGAGAAGAAGACUCGCUUGUUGCACCAGGGACAGAGGAUGCAGCUUUGACUGGGAUGAACAAGAGAGGAUAACGACCUAUAACGGCCUUGAGAGCUGCAUUCUUAGCAACCAAUCUUAUGAGAAUGAAAGUGGAACAAGCAGAGGACAAGGGUUUGCAAGUGAUUCUCUGGACGAAGACUACUCAAGUUCUUCUUCUAGUAAAGAUGCUUUUGGGUCAUUUUCUUCUAAAUGGUUGACAAUGAAGAGGGAUGACCAGGGUUUGGAUGAAUGGGAUGUAUCAGAGAGCCCCCAACAUUUUUAUGUUAAAGAGAAACCCGCUCGCGCCAUUCAAUUUUCAGAUGCUGAGACAAUGAAAGAAAAUUUUGCCAAGCUUUUACUUGGUGAAGAUAUAACCGGGGGAAGUAAGGGUCUCUCCACUGCAUUAGCAUUGUCCAAUGCCAUAACAAAUCUUGCAGCUUCGGUUUUUGGUGAGUUGUGGAAACUAGAGCCUUUGUCUCAAGAAAUGAAGAAGAAAUGGAAAAGGGAAAUGGACUGGUUGCUCUCUCCUACAAACCAUAUGAUUGAGUUGGUUCCUGCUAAGCAAAAUGGUGCUAAUGGCCGGAUCUUGGAGAUAAUGACACCAAAAGCUCGUGCAGACGUCCAAAUGAAUCUUCCAGCACUGAAAAAAUUGGACUCCAUGCUUAUUGAAACACUGGAUAAAAUGGUGAAUACUGAGUUCUGGUACACAGAACUAGGCAGCAGGAACAAGAGUAGAGGGCAGAGUAAGAGGUGGUGGCUUCCGAUGCCACAGGUACCGACAACUGGGCUCUCAGACUAUGAAAGAACAAAAUUGCUCUCCCAGAGUAAAGUGGUUCAUCAAAUAUUCAAGGCUGCUAAAGCCAUUAACGAAAAUGUUCUUCUUGAGAUGCCUGUCCCAGCAAUUAUCAGAGAUGCACUUCCGAAGUCAGGAAAGGCAAGUUUGGAUGAGAAACUGUACAAGGCCCUGACAGAACAACCAUUCUCAGCUGAGAAGAUGCAUCGUUAUCUCAAUUUCGCAUCUGAAAACCGUGCCCUUGAAGCCAUCAACAGGUUGGAAGCUGCUGUACUUACAUGGAGGGAGAGGAUUACAGAACAAGUUAAUGGUAAAUCCCCAGUUCGAACAUCGUGGUCGUUUGUUAAGGAUCCAAUGUCGGAUCAUGAUAAGAUGCAAUUACUAUUGGACCGAUCAGAAGCUCUUCUGCAACAGCUAAAGGCAAGAUAUCCAAACCAUCCACAAACAUUCCUGAAUGCUACCAAAGUCCAAUAUGGAAAGGAUGUAGGGCAUGCAAUACUUGAAGCUUAUUCCCGGGUUCUGGGGAACUUGGCUUUCGGCAUACUUUCGAGGAUCAAAGAUAUCGCGCAAGAAGAUGCUCUAAGCAAUCCCACUUCACCAGCAGCAACAUGUUGCUUUAAUGGAGCAAUAGGAAAUAUGGUUAGUUCCCAUAUCCGGCACUCACUCAUCAAUCAGAUGAACCAGGUGGCCGACGGAAAAUAUGUAAGGCAAAGUGAUUCUGAUGAAAACAGUAACUUAGAUUCGGAAUUCUCGCACACACCAGCUAGUGCAAGGUCAGUGACUUCAACACCGAGUGGAAGGCGGGUAUGGUGCAUUGGUAAAGAAGCUUGUAAUUCACCUUAAUAUAGAACAGGUGGUUCCUGCUAGAUUUUGUCUAAGUCAUACAAUCAUUUGCUUAUAUAUAUAUAUAUAAGAGAUGAAGGAAGUUGACUGCAUCUCUUAUUAUGAAUUAGAAUCACAAAGAGAAGCCAAAACCCAAAAGCAUAUGAGACAGCAACAAAUCCUCAGAAGACUAAAUUCAAAAAAAAGAAGAAAAAGAAAAGAGCAGAACCUGAUCAAAAGAAAGACAAGAAAGAAAGAAAGAA